UUCACAACUUCACUCGUCCGAAAUUUGACGAUGAAAGAAUUUUCAAUUUUCCAAAUUUUCGUUUGUUUGGCGAUCACUUAUUCGUUUUUCCCCAUGGACACACUGCGAAUGUACGCACCCUCCCUAGUGAUCAGACGUUUAAGAAAUUUGAACAACUGGUUUCUCAAACUCAGCCAACUGAUGGAACGCCACAUGAUUCAAGAUCCAGAGACCUACAUGACGACGCCAGAAAUUAUUAAACACCGAGGAUAUCCAGUGGAAACCCAUCACGUAAUUACCGAUGACGGUUACAUUCUGGAGUUACAUCGGAUUCCACAUGGACGAAGGGAAACGCGAAAUGAAACAUUUGAUCCAUCGCUUAUUCAGCAGCGAAGAGCGGUUUUCCUGCAGCACGGAAUGAUGGGUACCGAUCACUUUUGGAUGGUCGGUUCCACCAACAACUCCUUGUCUUUCAUCUUGGCGGAUCUUGGAUAUGAUGUGUGGAUGGGAAAUUCGAGAGGAAACAUUUAUUCACGAAAACACAUCAGCCUCAAUCCCGAUGAAGACAAGGAAUUUUGGGAAUUUUCUUGGGACGAAAUGGGUCGGUACGAUAUUCCAAACAGCAUCGAUUACGUCCUCAAUGUGACAGGACAGCCAACACUGGGCGCUUACAUUGGCUAUUCACUGGGCGUCAGCAUCUUUUUCAUCGGAGCCAUCGAAGAGCCACGACUCAACGACAAAGUGGAACUGAUGAUUGGCAUGGGACCGACUGUCAGUUCAGCCCAUUUGAAAAACUACUUCCGUUACAUGGCGCGAUUUGAGAUAUUUUAUCAACUUUACCAACGCUGGUUUGGCAUCGGAGAGGUUCACGCCAAAAAUAGUCUGUUACACACACUCGUUCGUUUGAUGGGCAAGUCAAGUGAAUUCGGGGAACAGAUGGCAAGGCAAUGGUUGUCUCAAGUUUUCGGCAACACGGAUGACUUGACCAAGGUAGAAUUCCAUCGCUUAAUUAGUCAUUAUCCGGCAGGUGGGUCGGCCAAUACUAUGGCUCAUCUUUUUCAGAAUUAUAUUGUCGGUGAAUCCUUCAACUACUACGACUAUGGACCGGUUGGUAAUUUGAAGAUAUACGGAUCAAAAUACUCGCCCGAGUAUAAUCUCACUUUGGUGACCGCACCUGCCAUUUUAGUUCACGCCGAUAACGAUCCAUUCGCUCCACCAGAGGACGUCUCUUGGCUGAAGGGUCAAUUAGGUAAUUUGGUGGAUUCCAUACGAGUAAAUUGUCCGACGUUCUGUCACGGUGAUUUUAUUUGGUCUCAUCGUACAUCGGAACUUGUUUACUGGCCUGUGAUCCGGCUCUUGCCCGCUCCCUUACCUGUAACAAAAAUAACUGUCAAUAAUUCAACAUGAUUUGUACCAAUAAAUAACUAAUCUUACAUGGGAAUUGGGGAGAUAAUUGAAUUGAAAGUAUGCAACAGUAGAAAUGUUGUGUCGGGACUUGAAAAAUAUUGGCUAAUA